AUGAUGCCAUCAGCGUUGACCAUAGGGGAUUUAGAAAAAGAGAGCCUUAAGGAUGAACAUUUAAGUUUGGUUCGUGAAGCUAUUUUAUCAGGAACGUGGGAUAAUGUCCCAAUACAGUACAGAACAGCCACAAUCAAAGAUGAUUUAAGUGAAUACGGUAAUAUGAUAUUGAGAGGAGAUAGAAUAGUCAUUCCACGGAGCCUACAGGAGAAGACAGUUCAGUUAGCUCAUCUAGGACAUCAGGGUACUACAGGAAUAAAAGCUCACCUUAGAUCAAAAGUGUGGUUCCCGGAAAUGGACAAGCUGAUCGAAAAAGUGGUAAAUAAUUGCAAACCCUGUAAAAUGACGUCGCUACCGGAUAAACCAAACCCAACCAUUCGACGAAUCCCAACGCAGCCUUGGCAAGAUCUGGCAAUGGAUUUCAAAGAAGGGUUACCUUCCGGCAAAUCUUUGUUAGUUGUAGUGUGUUAUACUAGCCGAUUCAUUCAAAUCGAGGCAAUGAAACCAGCAACGUCACAGCGGGUGAUUAGUGCAUUACUUAAAAUGUUUGCCAGUUUCGGUGUACCACGCUCUAUAACUGCAGACAAUGGCCCGCAAUUCAGGUCGACAGAAAUGAAGCAAUUCUGCAAAAGUUACGGCAUCCAUUUGAAUCUAUCUACUCCUUACUGGCCGGAACAGAAUGGAGCAGUGGAGCGCCAGAUGAGGAAUUUGGGGAAACGUGUGAAAAUUAGUGUGAUCCAGGACACAGACUGGGAAGCUGAUUUGCUGGAUUAUUUACUAAUGUACCACUCUACACCUCAGGAAACAACGGGUGUCUCACCAGGCCAAAUGAUGUUUGGCCGAGAGUUGAGAAAUGCAAUUCCCACUGUGGAAAAAUCCGAUGUUUUGAAAUGGGAGGAGGCGAAAGACCGUGAUAUGAUUACGAAGGAGCGAAUCAAACAAUAUAGUGAUGAACGUCGUGCCGUUAAACACCAUUCACUACUGCAGGGAGAUACUGUCAUCAUGAAGAAUUGUAAACUGGGGGCGCUAGAGCCUCGAUUUAGAGCAGAAGAGUUUGAUGUAAUUAGUGUAAAUGGAGGUGAAGUGAAAGUAAAAUCUAAGGACAGUGGAUGUAUAUAUGUACGUAACAGUAGUCACCUGAAAAAGCUAGGAAGUGAGGAGGUAGGAUCAGGUCAGCAGGGUGGUAAGAGAUUAGAUGUGGAGGAGGAAGAGAAGCGGGAGGAGAAGAAAAAGCGAAAGGUACAGCUACCGAAGCGGUAUGACGGUUUUGUACUUUGA